UCGGCGUCGAGUUCGAGCUCGAGUGACAGCGACAGUAGCAGUAGUUCGAGUUCCAGUAGUUCUUCUGAUAGCAGCGACUCUGAAUCAGAAUCGCCCAAAAAGAAGGCCAACACAAACAAAUCGAUGGGUCAGUUCGCUGCACCCCAUUCCCAACACACGCCUACAUUUCCCGGGACUCUUCCCAUUACUCAGUCCUAUAAUCAGCAAUUAAUGAACGCUAAUCUCGGACCACAAGUGCCACAAAACCAGUCGUCAAUGUUUGGUAACCCGUCUUUCAAUCACCCGUUGCCGCCGACACCGGGGGUCGCCGGCGGCGGCGCCUCUAUUAUAGCAAAACCCCCAGUCGUGGCCUCCCAUACAAGCCUUCCUCAACAGCCCCAAAGGCCAACUGCGACGGCAACCGCAGCGCCCACUAGAAAAAACAUACUCUCGGCUCCGGGCCCUCCGCUCGCACCACAACCGUCGCAAACAACGCAUAAGAAUCCUCCGGUGCCAUUGAAUUCAAACUCAGAUUCAAACCAAUUGUCAAAUACUAUCCGAGACUCCCCUAAAGUCAAUGCAUCCCAUUUUACGCCUCCAUCUCUAUCGACAGUAAAUUCUGGACCAUUCGAGUCGUACAGUUCCGUAUCGCCGGCCAAUGGCGAGAAGAAAGAGUCAUCGAAGUCAUUGUCGUCGACCCCCUCUAUGUCUCAGUCAAGCCCUUCUGUGAUGUCGUCUAACAAAAAGCCUAAUGCGUCUGAGUCUAAAGGGAAGAACUUAGGUAUGGGUGGAUGGGGUGCUCUGGCGAAGCCCACUUCUGGAGCCGGUGGCUCUUCUGUCAAACCCCCGUCCGCUGAGAAUAGUUUUGAAAUGUUCAGAAAACAGGCCAAAGAGAAACAGGACAAACAGAAUCAGUUGAAAAUACAACAGGAGGUCCGCCGCAAGACUCAGGAGAGAGAGGAAAGGGAACGACUGCGACAGGAGAAGGAACGCCUGCGCGAGAAGGAAGAGGACGAGGCCCUCGAGAAGGCCCGCAAAGCACAACUCCAACAGAUCGACGAAAUGAACCGAAACCAGUCGUCCAACUCGUCGCCCGCUUCCGGGUCGGGCUCUCCCGGUCAGGGCAUCUCUCAGACCGAACGCGAACGCCUCAGACAGCGAGAGAAGGAGCGGAGGAUGAGAGAAGCGAGAGCCCAACAAAUCGAUUUGAACCGUCAGAGCGAAGUGAUGGCUAAUUUCGAGGAAAUGUUGUGAUUAACUUGUUUUAUAUUAUAAAUAAAAAUCAUCGCAUCGGUAACAACCACUGGCACCGGACGUUACCCUUCAUCCAUGCCUUUCAUAUUAAUAAGAGAUUCAAAUUUCAUUUCAUUGUAUAUUUCAUACUUAAUAACAAAAACCAAUUGAAUUUUUUUAAGAAAAUUAAAACAAAAAAGUUAUAAUAAUUAUAAGAAUUAAGAAAUGAUGAAAUCAAAUAUAAAAACACUAUAAAUUCACACCAUUUAAGGCUUCGAUAACUUACUUAUAGUAUUUCAUAGCGUAUUGAGAGAGA